AUAUACUUUCUGCUCAUACAUUUAAUAUGCAAUAUAUUAAAUGUAUGAGCAGAAAGGUUCAAAAUUGUUCGAAACUGCAGAACUCGUGAACCAAAACAGGCCUAAUGUUUAAAAACAAGAUAUUUGAUAUUUUAAACACUUCAUUGCCUUUUAUUGUUGAUAUUAUUACUUUUGCAAGGAGUUGUGUGAGUCAAAAACAAAAUAAAUUAAUUGAAGCCAAAUAUGGAGCUUGCUCUUCAAAUGGCCAAUCAACAACAAAAUCUUCACAUGAGAAGGAACUUCAAAAAAACUACAAUUCACGCAAUUAUGUCCGGUCAGAUGACACUGGGAGACGCAGCUAAAUUGGAAAUGGCCUCGUUACCCACAAAGACUCCAGUCUCAGUUUUACAAGAGGUGUUAAGCCGUCGUGGCAUCACUCCCAAAUACGAAUUGGUGCAAAUCGAAGGAGCCAUUCAUGAGCCUAUAUUCCGAUAUAGAGUAUUCCUCAACAAUGACUACAUUGCAACCGGUACUGGAAGAUCAAAAAAAGAAGCUAAACAUGCAGCUGCUAAAAAUCUUUUGGAUCUAAUUGUUGGUGAUACCACACCAGAGCAAGCUAAUCCAACUACCAAUGCUCCUACAAAUGACAUUACAAGUCAAGUUGUAUCACCAUUUGAUGAUAAAAUAAUGGGAAAUCCAAUCGGAUGGUUACAAGAAAUGUGCAUGUCCCGACGUUGGCCACCUCCAUCUUAUGAUAUGGAACACGAAGAAGGUCUACCUCAUGAACGUCAAUUUACAAUUGCAUGUAAAGUGUUAAAGUUUCGUGAGAUCGGAACGGGAAAAUCGAAAAAGCUCGCUAAGCGAAUGGCCGCGCAUAAAAUGUGGCAGCAACUUCAAGAUUUAUCCGCGGAUAACGCAAACGUUAAUCAAAUGCUCCAAGAGGAGGAAGAGUCGGGGACGCGAAUUGGUUCCGUGACCGGUCGAUUUGGAAGUUUGAAAGAUAGUAAAAUUGCUACUAUGUCUAACAAUUCAGGACAUUCACAUAAAGUGUCUCAGUUUCAUAAAUAUUUGAAACAUGCCAAUGGCCCAAAAGUAAAUGAGUUACAGACCGUUUCCUUCGUUUCAAAAGAAUUCAACAGCACAUUAUUUUUACAAGAAUUAGCUGGUGAAUUACAAUUUGAAACGACCUAUGUUGACAUUGAUGAAAAAUCCGUCAACGGACAUUGUCAGUGUCUCUUACAACUGUCCACGGUUCCAUUGGCUGUUUGUUUUGGUAAUGGAAAAACACCGAAAGAUGCUCAAGCAUCGGCUGCUUUAAGCGCUCUGGAGUAUCUACGUGUAAUGACGAGAAAAUGAAAAGUUUACGAAGUAAUUUUUACGGUAAUAACGUAUAUCGUGAAACGACUUUCGAUCACAAAAAAAAAGGAAAAUAACUUUUUAUUAAUUAACCUUUUUAAAAUUUAACGGUCGAAAGCGUUUUCUGCGUUAACGUGUAUUUGGUAACGUUUCGAUUUUAUCCAAUGACGGUAAUAGUUGUUGGAUAAAAAAAUAUUCGCGUGUACUCCAAACAUCAGUCACAUCACAGGUCUCGGAUAAUCUGAUUAAAAUCGUUUAUUGUUUUUCUUCCGUUUUAUUUAAAUCUAAUAAGGACCACAUUUAUGAGGGUAGGGCCAAUUUGAUUAUUAAAAAAUUUACAAAUUUUUAUUAAAAAUAUAAUCAAUCAAUUAAAAAUAAAAAAAAUAUGAUCA